AUGGCUAGCCACCACGUCGACACGGACCCAGACGCGGCCAUCUUGCUCUCGAUCGAGAUCUACUUGUCGCUCCUCGUGCUUGGCUUCGUGGCUUUUGAGCUGCUGCGGCCGCGCCUGCUUGUCUACUUCAACUGCCGGGCGACAGACCCCAAGGCCUCGUGCCCGCUGGCCGAGCAGGUCUAUGGCUUUGGCGGCUGGAUCGCGCCCGUGCUACGCGCGACGGACGACGAGAUCAUGGAGUUCUGCGGCCUCGACGCACUCUGCUACCUUCGCUUCCUGCGCCUCGGCCGCAACAUUGCCGGCGCCUCGAUCCUGCUCUCGUUUGGGCUCAUGCCCAUUUAUGCAAGCGCCAUCCGACCCGACGGCGAGUCGCUCAACGAGACGACCGCGCAGGACAUGGUCGCGCGCCUGGCCAUGGCCAACAUGAACGUGAGCUUGGACCCGAACCGCCUCUGGGCGCCGGUCGCUGCCGGGUUUCUCAUCACCAUCUACACGCUUCGAUUGCUCGUGGCCGAGUACAAGGUGUACGUAUCUCGGCGCCACGAGUUCCUCGGCCGCGACGGGCUCCAACAGUACACG